CAUGUUAAUUUUAGAAUGCUAUGAUUCUGUCUUCGGGAAAACAGUUAGUAAACAUCUGUCCUGUGUCAGUUAAAACAUAUUCUUCGUAGAAUACGAAAUGUUUUUACAAUGGACUGAAGAAAUAGAAGUUAGGUAAUUGAAGAAAAAGGUUAUAAAUAAAAUGGGUGCCGUGAAGAGCAGGCAGAAAACUAAAGAAGGGCUGAAAGCACAAAUUCAAGAAUUCAAUAAUAAAUUACAGACGGCCUUGCUAGGAUGUUACCAGGCCAAAAGAACUUUCAUCACCUUGUCAGAUUUGUGGUCAAGCAGCCGAUGUGAAGUCAUCACUACCAUCCAGUCUGUGGCCAAGGAAAUCAACCGGCAUCACCGCAAUGUCAAUUUAGCAAGCCUUACUGGUACAUCGUCCAGUAUUGCAGGCGGAACUGCUGCAAUUGGUGGUCUCAUUCUGUCACCAUUCAGUGGUGGUUUGUCAUUAGCCAUGUCUGCUGGUGGAUUAGUGGGUACAGUAGCUGGCUCUGCGACAACAUUGGGGGCCAAUUUGGCUGAAGUGUAUCUCACUAAAGACUUAACAGAGCAGGCUUCUAAAGCCUUAGAAACAGACACAUUCUACACCAAAGCUCUGAGUGCUGCCUUCAAAGAAGUUGUUUUGCACGAACAAGAUGUCCUAGUUAUUUUGUCUGAACUGAGGAACGAAACACUGUUGGACGAUUUAGAAAAAGUUUUGAGAGCAUCGCCCUGUUGCGAUGAAGUGAAGAAACGAUUUUGUCAUCUAAAAAGUGGCGGGAACUCUCUGGAAGACAUUCUAGUCCUCAUCAAAAGUUUAUAUUCCGAGGACAAAGAAUUUCUGAAUCAGUUGACGAAAACUGACAAUUUGUUUAGCGAUGCGCCUUCAUUUUCACGAACAAUUUCAUCAUCAUCAGAGUUCUUCCAGGACAUAGAAGCCAUGAAAGAGUUAGCUACAAUGGGUCCAGAAACGCUUAAAGGAAUAAGCGGGGCUGCGCUACAGAGCACAGCUGUUAGCAACGUUCAAGUGGCCUCUUUGACAACUCAAGUCAUCACAGCUGGUCUGGGAGCUAUAUUCGUUGCCCUGGACAUCUACCACUACAUGAAAGUUUCCAAAAACUACGAUGCUGGAUCUAAGACAGAACUAGCUUCGAAAUUACAAAAAGUAUCGGAAGAUCUCGCCAACGAAAACGAACAAAUUACAAAAUUGAGCGAGUUUUACAGACAACAAGUGAAAGUAGACCUUUUCAAUGAUUCGUGACUAUGUAUUUGUUAUAAGAUAGAUUUCUAAAAACUCUUUUUAAAUUACCAACUCGUUUGUAAAAACAACAAAAAAAAAUUUGUCUUUUAUAUUCAUAAUAUACCUCCAUUUUUUUCUCAUGUUUCUAAAACACUCAAUAAAAUGCAUAUUUACAAUGUUUAGAUUAUGUUCGCAAUUUUAACAAAUAUUGGAAACAGAACAAACACAAAAAUACUUACAAGGAAGAUUACGGAGAUGUCAUUUUCCAAUCAACAUGAAAUUU